GAUCAGUCACUACUCCGUUUCCCCUUUUUCGCAGUGUCACAGGGUCCCAACUGAUAACACUUCAAUUCUUUGCUGAACACAGUAGACAACUGACUUCAUGGCUUUAAAAUUCCCCUCCGGCUUGUGCAUAGUGCAUUUCAUCUGCUCACCAGGCUGUGUACAACUCUUAUAUGUCAGACUGUGGUAGACUCACAGCCCCAGCGGCUCACCGGCAGGCCUCUCUGUUCACCGAGUGAGCAUCAGUCCUCACGCCGCGGUUGGGUGGGUCCAGCUCGGCCACAGAGGCAGCAUGGGCCCGGUCCCUCGCUAGCCUCUGCUGUCGAUGAUUGAAAGCUACAAUAGAGGGAUGAAUUAUAUCGGUGGUGAACUGUUGAGCUUGGAUGUCACUGCUACCGGAGUUGAGCUGUCAGAAUGAACGGCACUCAGCAGAGUGAUACCAAGAGGCAGAACCUCCUGGAGAGGCUGCUGGAUGCUGUCAAACAGUGCCAAAUCCGCUUUGGAGGAAGAAAAGAGAUUGCCACAGACUCAGACAGCAGGGUGAUCUGUCUUUGCGCCCAGUUUGAAGCGGUGCUGCAGCAUGGUCUGAGGAAGAGCAGAGGUCUUGCCCUCACUGCCGCCGCCCUGAAGCAGGCCGCGGGCUUCAGCAGCAAGGUCGAAGCAGAGUUGACUUUCUGGUUCUAUGUGAAGGAGCAUCUGAACCGCCACGAGCUCCAGCGGUUCUACUCCCUACGACAGAUCUCGUCAGAGCUGGGCCGGGGUCGUGCCUGGCUGCGCUGCGCCCUCAACGAGCACUCGCUGGAGCGCUACCUGCACACACUCCUGGCUGACCGCCCACGCCUGGGCACUUACUAUGAAGACUGGGCUUUUAUCCUCGAUGAAGAGAGAGCAAGCAUGCUCCCAACCAUGGCUGCAGGUUUGAACUCCAUCCUGUUUGCCAUCAACAUUGACAACAGUGACCUGAACGGUGGGGUGACACGAGCAGGAGGCACAUCGGUGUCCCACCUCCUCAAGGAGUCCACGCAGGGCAUCGGCAGCCUGUGGAAGGAAUCGACUCAGGGGGUUAGCACCCUGCUCCGAGAGAUCAGCACAGCCACGGCCGUGGUGCCCGGCUUCACCCCCAAAGCGGAUGGAGCCUCAGACCCGCUGCCUGUCCUGCCACGCAGCACCUCUGCUGACUCCGGGCUGAGGAAGGAGCGCCGGAGGAAAAAGAAGAUCACCAACAUCAUUUCCUUUGAUGAUGAUCUGGACGGAGGGGCGGAGGAUGAGGAGGAGGCAGAGGAGGAUUCCCAGAAGACGGGCGCGAUGAGGAAGAGCCACACUGCUCCCGCUCAGAGCAGCGUGGAGGAAGGAGUAGACCCUCUGGAGCCGGCCCUCUCUGAGUCGCCGGCUCAGAACGGGCUGGUUGACCCGGGCAUCGUCAGCUGGGUGGGGUCGCCCCAUCCCUCUCGUACGCCGCCCACACCCGCACCCACACCUCCUCUGCCAGACAGUAAGAGUAUAGACAACGAGGAGGAGGAGGAAGAGGAGGAGAUGUAUAAACCCAGAGAACAAACACAGGAAGAAGAGAGGAUCAGCUCUGAUCAGGUGGCGGUGGUGGGGAGUCUACCCAGUGUGUCCACGUGGAGCCCCAUACAAGUGAUAACAGACCACAGAAGCUCAGACAUUCUCAUUCCCCUGAACCCUGCAGACCCUCAGCCAGUGAGCUCUGUGGAAGACACGGCUGCAUUUCCUGCUCAGUGUGAAUCAACAGGACCGGUUGGAAACUGUGAGAGCAGCACAUCGCAGCUACCAUUCAAUAUGGAGUCCAGUCCACCGGCGCAGUCUGCUCCGCUCACCAACGCGCUGCCAACAUCUGGUCUGCCAGAAUCCAUGACAGUGGUGGAGCUGCGUCAGGCCAUUGUAGCCAUGAUGAACAGGAAGGACGAGCUGGAGGAACAAAACAUGUCUCUUCGCAGUCUGCUGGAUGGAGAGAUGGAGCACUCAGCAGGCCUGAGGCAGGAAACUGAGCUGCUGAAGAAGAAGCUGGCUGAGCUGGAGGAGAGACAUACAGCUAAGGUCCAGGCGCUGGCCAGGGAGAAUGAGGUCCUGAAGGUCCAGUUGAAGAAGUAUGUGGGGGCGGUACAGAUGCUGAAGAGAGAAGGGAGCCAGGGCAAUGAUGCUUUGUCAGUGUUGCGGUCGAGUGAAGAACAGGCCCCUGUCCCUCAGAGUAAGUGCAUGGGUGACAUUGAGGAGCUGGCCGCCAGCUAUGAACGCAAGCUCAUAGAGGUGGCCGAGAUGCACGGUGAGUUGAUAGAGUUUAAUGAGCGUCUGUAUCGCUCCCUCAUGGCCAAAGACCACCUCAUUGUCCAGAUGAGACAGGAACUCAUUGACCUGAGAGGACCGGUUCCAGGUGAUUUAAGCCAGACUUCAGAUGACCCCAGCCUCUCAGAUUUUGAGACGGCUCAUCGCGCUCUCAUCAACGUGUGGAUCCCCUCUGUGUUCCUGCAGGGCAGAGCUGCCAACGCCUACCACGUCUAUCAGGUUUACAUCCGCAUCCUGGACAAUGAGUGGAAUGUGUACAGGCGUUAUACUGAGUUCAGGGAGCUCCACAACCACCUGAGGUCCCAGUUUCCACAGGUGGACACCUUCAACUUCCCACCCAAGAAAGCCAUAGGGAACAAGGAUGCCAAGUUUGUGGAGGAGAGGAGGAAGCAGCUGCAGGGCUACCUUCGCAUGGUGAUGAACAAACUGAUCCAGACGCUGCCGGAGUUCACAGCCCGCCCUACCAAAGAGACCCUGCUGUCUCUGCUGCCUUUCUGUCUAGACACUCCCCAGGCCAAUGACGGCGGAGCCAAGACUCCCCGGUCCAAAACGUCAUCCCGCUUCCCCAGACUUGGUCGCAGCCGCAACCAGGAAACCAGACCUGAACCCCAGAGUGGCGACCUUUAACCCCAGAGCCUUUGAACUAAUAAUCUCUAGUCUGAGGAUAACAACGCUCCUGGGUCCACCCUGGACUGUGACACACAGGCUCACAGUGUGAGAGGACAUUAAAGGCGUCUAACGGACCUUCAAAGCCUUACAGAUAAAAAGCCUCAGCCAAGGUGGGGAGACGGAUGCGUUCACAUCACAGGACUGUCUAUGAGAAUAUGUAAAUGUUUCUGUGUGCAGCCUGGCUGAGUAAAGGAUAAAUGACUCCCCAGAGGCUGCCUAUCGAUGGACCCAAUCAUAUAGCACCUCUUACCUCACUGAGAGAAAGAAAGACACUAUAAACUGCACAUGGACUCACAUGGACUGCCCUCUCUUAUCUCAUACACCAUGAGAUGACGGGGAUGUGUUUUAUUUCUUACUAUGCUCAGUUUUGUAGUGAAAGUGUAUCAUGGUCACAGUGCCUACAGUGUUUUUGUAGCUGCUUUCCUGCUCUGGGAAGGGAGGGAAGGGUACAUAGAGAGGUGAAGAGGGGGUACAUUAAAGUAUUCUCUCUGGGAAUGAAAUUUAUUUUUCAGCUAAUGUGUCAGCAUUUUGGUGCCAUUACAUUUUAGACAACGAUGAUUCACAAUCUCUGGCAUGGACCACCAAGCAAUGGGCAUUCCUUUUUCCUACUUCGGUUAUUUAUAAUAUUAUGGCUGUUAUAGAUAAUAAUCUGCAGAAAGUGUAACAUAUCUUGAUGUCACCAGAGAAACAGUAAUCAUCAAAAAUAUCUUUUAAAAUCCACAUGAUGAUCAUAUUAAAGGAUUAGGGUUAAGCACCACUGAUAACACAAAAAUCGGUUAUUGAGAAAUUUCACAAAUAAGCAUAAAUUCUUGCUGUUUCCUCUUAAAAAUAUCUUUUCUCACAUGCUCAUGUCUUAGAUUAGUUUCAAGUAUCUUCUGUGAUGUGUAGGAUGAAUUCAUGUCAGAAAAAUUUACGAGUUUAAAGGAAGGGAAACCUAUUCAACAAUCAAAAAAAGUUGCAAGGUGUGUUUCGUACGGUUUACCCCACACUAUCGUACAUCACAUAAAUAAGGGUCUUCAUCAAAGGUGGACUGGCUACGAUAAAAAAAAAAUGUUUUAAACUAAUGCUUUUAACUAAUGUGUCUUAGGAUUUAAUGCGGCGUUACAGUGCAAAUGAAUGUUUUAACGAUGACUAAACACUUGAAGAAAAGCUGCUUGUUAGAGUGCAAGGAAAGGGCUGCUGAGCAUCAAGUGUGUGUAAAACAGAAGCUCAUGCCGUAUGUACAGAUUACCCAAGAGUAGUCAGAGACUAUCUUCAAACGAGGAGUGACUCGAAGGGUUUCCGGAAAACUUGAAUCAAAGGGUCGGCUCACAAAAUGGUAGACACUGUUCACCGUCUAUGAGGGGAAGUGAACAAACACUUGUGGGUUUUUAAUUACGCUGUUAUUCUAUUAUACAAAAAGACCCUCACAAGUAUCCGACUUUUAGUAAACACUGCGAUGUUGUCAGGAAAUUCACACAGGGAUACCGUCAGUUUUGUUUUGUUUUUUUCAUCAGACUUCCCUGAGACCGUUCACAGAAUAAAACCGACCAAAACAUCAACAUGGGAAAGAAAAGAAGGUAUAGCAACAAAACUUUCGAAUGUUGCUUUUUAAGAAAUUAUUUCACAUAUUGACAUUCUUACUUUUUCUCAGUCUGACAAAUGGCACUGUUGCAUCCUAUUUAGACGACAUGUAAUGUGUAAACAUGGAUUUCUAUUAGUCUUCUUAUUAAAGACUAUACUCUGCUGUGAUACAGUGAAACAGGUGAUAUUUUUGGUGUAGCACUGCCUUAUAUGCACUAGAUCCCACUGCAUUGGACUAUAUUGUGUAAUGCUGACAACAUUGUCACAGUCUCUCCAUUAUAACAAUAAACAAGUAGCCUUUUCAUAGACAUCUUUUACAGUGAAGGUUGGGAUCCAUUUGUCUCUGGGACCACUGCUGGAUCUAUCUUCUCUGCACAAAUAUCCAUAUUGUAGUUGAGGUAAUGCACAGGAUGACAUCGAUCUCUGAAAGCUGUGUUGAAAAAAACCCUGCAGGACAAAUCUGGUGCUAUUUUAUCUUAUCUUUCUCUUAUUGUUGGCAAAUCCCAUGAAAAUACCAAAAGCAACAACAAAUGUAACCUACUAACAAGAAUUGUCUGUAGCUAGGUUUCCAUCCAAAUUAAGUGCAGACUUUUACAAAAUUUCCAGAAUUUCUGUAAAAGAAAAUUUGAAUUAAUACACGUUUCCAUCCACUGCAGUUUUUCGGAUAUUUGGAGUUGGGUCAUCAAGAUAAGUUGCCAUCAGACAGCCCUUUCCUUUGGCACUACAUUUUCUCAACCGUAAAACUUGGUAUUCCUACACAUGUCAGGCACUAUUAUGCCGUACAUCAGCUGUUUGGGUCAGUGCAUAGCAUGUGUAGGAUUAUGGAAGUUAUACGGUUUAGAAAAUGUAGCGCCAAAGAAAAGCGCUGUCUGAUGGCAAGGUGGCUAAAAUUCAUUUUGCUGCUGGCCCUUUCCACAGCAGUACAUUGCUUAGCUUCCGUGCCGGUACUUCCACCUGCUUCUCCAAAUGGGUGGGGUGUGGACUGCCAUCUACUGCAGCUCCAUCUCCUUCCCUCAGCAUCCUCUGGACGCUGGCAAAGGAAGGAAAUCUCUCUGUACUGUACCUUGAGGCUGGUGAUCAGAGCGACGACAAGCAAAAGAAGCGGGAUUAGUUUAUUGAGAUGCAGCCAAAGUGUUCUCUUGCAGUAUGCCAUGUCUGUUCUUGUGUACAUUUCUGUCCUUGCCUUAGUCAGCAGUCAAGCCUUAUCUAUCAGUGUCACAUCGAAGAGGGGCUGAACAAUAAAGUACAGUGUACAUACAUUAA